AUGACUGCGUGGAAGUACUCGACGACUCUCAAGGGCAGCUCGACAGACUGCCCGACGCUCUCACUCGCUGCCGCCGCGCCAGUCGCCUCAUCACUCGACACACUGCUCGCCUCGUCCGUUCUCCGACUCGACGUUCGCGUGCUUGCAGACGGACAGCAGCUCGACGCGGCGAGCCUCGAGGGCAGUGCACUGGCGCGCGAGGUCCGCGGCUGGUUUGACAAGCAAAAGGGUUCGCUGGGAUUUGACAGUGUUGGCGACUGCGAAGCGAGCGCAACGGGCGUGUCAACUCAGCCGCAAGCGAGCACCGCACCUGCUUCUCAAGGUCUCGACAGGCUCGACCUGACUCUGUCUUUCCGCUCAACAAGCGGCCGCUCAAAACCUAAGAAGCCCAAGCUUUCCGCCACUUCAUCCGACUCGCAGUCUCAGUCGCCUGAGCUAGCCUCGCAGACCCAGCUCUCUCAGCCGCCUGAAGUCACGCUCACUUCGCACCUCCUCUCGCCCUCUUCGCUGCACUUUACGCUCGUUCCGCAACUCGCGACUGCACUCGAACGACUCGCCAAGAAGCUUGUCGUCGCGUUUCCGCUGUGCUUCAACCCGAGGUGGCAGGACCGCCUCGCCAACGAUUUGCCAGCCCACCACUCGAUCGCUCAGUCGCUCUGCAACAUCCUUGGCCUCGACGGACGCAAGGAGGACCUGCGCAAGCCGCACGACAGCGAGGUCGAGAAGAAGGCUGGCUUGCUCGAGCUGACGCUCAAGUCGCACAUCACCGCUCGCUACCCAUCCCACCCAUCUCUCGCGUCAUCUUCCUCCGCCACCACUCCUUCGACGCACGCCACGACCACCUCACUCGAGACUGCUCUCCUCCUCAUCGCCAAAAAUGCCAGCGCGCCGGAUGCGUGGACUUCCGCAAAGGCUGGGAGUGCAGACGGUGAGGAUGGCGCGGGGAAGAAGGGGCGUAAGGCGAGCGGGGCUGGUAAGAGGAAGGCGAAGGACGCGGAAGGCAACGAUGGAGGAGCGGCGGUGCGGAAGAAGCGCAAGACCAGCAAGUCCCGUACCGACGACGCAGACGACCUCCCUGCGUUCUCCACCGAACUCCACGAUCCGUCGUCGUCUACGCUGGCAUCCGGAAGUCUCGACGAGGAAGACGGACAGGGUGAGGGCAGCUUUGAGGCGGACUUGGGCGGCGAGGAGCCGGCUAUGGAUGAAGGCUGGGAUUUGUUCGGGGAUGCGUGGGCGUGA